AAUCUUGGGUUCCUGACGGCGAUGGCGGCGAUUUCAGGCAUCUCCUCUGGUACGUUGACGAUUUCACGGCCUUUGGCUACUCUUCGACGCUCUAGAGCCGCCGUUUCGUACAGCUCCUCUCACCGAUUGUUCCGUCAUCGUCCGCUCACUUCUCGUCGCCUGCUAUUUAGGAACUUUGAUCGAGUACAAGCAACGAUUUUGCAAGAUGAUGAAGAGAAAGUUGUGGUGGAGGAAUCAUUUAAAGCUGAGACUUUUACUGGUAAAGAACCACUUGAGGAGCCAGAUAUGAGUUCUUCUUCAAGUAGUGCUUUUGAGUCAUGGAUCAUCAAGCUUGAGCAAGGAGUGAAUGUCUUCCUCACAGAUUCGGUGAUAAAGAUACUUGACACAUUGUAUCGUGACCGAACCUAUGCAAGGUUCUUUGUUCUUGAGACAAUUGCUAGAGUACCUUAUUUUGCCUUUAUGUCUGUGCUACAUAUGUAUGAGACCUUUGGUUGGUGGAGGAGAGCAGAUUAUUUGAAAGUACAUUUUGCUGAGAGCUGGAAUGAGAUGCAUCACUUGCUCAUAAUGGAGGAAUUGGGUGGAAAUUCUUGGUGGUUUGAUCGUUUUCUGGCCCAGCACAUAGCAACAUUCUAUUACUUCAUGACAGUGUUCUUGUAUAUCGUAAGCCCUAGAAUGGCAUAUCACUUUUCGGAAUGUGUGGAGAGUCAUGCAUUUGAGACUUAUGAUAAAUUUCUCAAGGCCAGUGGAGAGGAGUUGAAGAAUAUGCCUGCACCCGAUAUCGCAGUAAAAUACUAUACCGGAAGUGACUUGUACUUAUUUGAUGAGUUCCAAACAUCCAGAGCUCCCAAUACUCGAAGACCAGUAAUAGAGAAUCUAUACGAUGUGUUUGUGAACAUAAGAGACGAUGAAGCAGAACACUGCAAGACAAUGAGAGCUUGUCAGACUCUGGGCAGUCUACGUUCUCCACAUUCCAUUUUAGAAGAUGGUGAUGCAGAAGAAGAAUCAGGGUGUGUUGUUCCUGAGGCGGCUCAUUGUGAAGCUCAUGAAGAAUAGAUAUAAAUCCCAUAUACUUGGGAACAAAGGAAUAAUGUGAAAUUCCCAUCGUUAUGUAUUGUGUGGGAGAGAAUCAAAUACCCUUAUGAUG